GCUUGUCUGUUUCCUUUUGCGAUUAAGCGUUUGAACGAUCCUCACGGAGAAUAUAAAGAUUAGUAACGUGACAUCUGUGUUAGCUUACGAAUCUAAUGUAAACAAUGCAACAGAAAAUCUCCAGAUACUGGUGUUGCAAGUGGAACAGGACAAUUGAGCUACUCAAACCAGCUACCUGCAGAAGUAGCUUGUUCGCUGGUUAGCGAGCUAGCCUCAGGAAAUUUCGCACAUAGCGUUAACCAGCUAGCGAGUGAGCAAAGCUAGCUAGCUGGCUAGCUUGCAUUUUGAUUGUGUUGCAUUCGAUCGAUAGCCAGCUGCAUACCUACUUUUCAUCAUGGACGAGGCAUCCCCAGCGUCCCUGACAGACCUGUGCCUGUCCCUGGUGAGCACCAGUCUAGAGCGGUUCUGUGUGAAACAAGCCGAUGGGUCCCUGUGUCUUCGCGAGUCCGUGGUCUUCCCGCAAGAGCUGGCGGACCAGCUGCUGUGCAAGAUGGCCACUGAGGGUCUGCUGAAUGAUAGCACGGUGGGCAUUUUCCGCAGCUGCCAGUAUCUGCGUCUGCGCCGGGCCUGCAUCCGCACAGCUCGCAUCUCGGCCGAAGCUUUCCGCCGAGCCAUCUGCCCUCACCGCCUGCUGGAGCUGGACGCAGCGAAGGUCAACGCGGACCUGACCAUCUCUGACAUCCUGCGGGGACUGGCGUCCAACAAGGAGUGCCAGGAGAGCCUCCAGCGGCUGGUGCUGAACGGCCUGACCAUGUCGCUGGAGGAACCCAACCGCCGCUGCUUCAGCUCCCUCCAGGGCCUGCGCUCGCUCAGCGUGGCCAACGUGGACUUCUACGACUCGGGGCUGGCCGACGUCUGCGCCCUGCCCCGCCUCGAGAGCCUGGACAUCUCUAACACCUCGGUCACCAACCUGUCGCCCCUGCUGGGCUGCCGGACGCGCCUGCGCUACCUCACCAUGCACCAGCUCAAGCGGCUGGAGAUGACCACCGCCUCGCUCCUCUUCGUGCUCAGCCACCUGGAAGGCCUGCAGCACCUCGACAUCUCCGACGACAAGCAGUUCACCUCGGACGUGGCCCGGCAGCUCCUGGAGCAGCCCGGGAUCCUCCCCGCGCUGGUCUCGCUGGACGUGUCCGGCCGCAAGCAGGUGACGGAUGCGGCAGUCAAGGCCUUCGUGGAGCAGAGGCCCGGCAUGACCUUUGUGGGGCUGCUGGCCACUGAUGCAGGAUUCUGUGACUUCCUGUCUGGAGAGGGCAGCUUGAAGGUAACUGGGGAGGCUAACGAAACGCAGAUCUGCGAGGCCUUGCGCAGAUAUAGUGAGCGGGAGUGUUUUGUGCGGGAGGCCCUGUUCCACCUCUUCAGCCUCACUCAUGUGAUGGAGAAACCACGGCCAGAUAUCCUGAAGCUGGUGGUGAUGGGAAUGCAGAACCACCCAUUGACGCUGCACGUCCAGCUGGCAGCCAGCGCCUGUGUCUUCAACCUGACCAAGCAGGACCUGGCAGCCGGUAUGCCUGUCCGCCUGCUGGGCACCGUCACCCAGCUGCUGCUGGAGGCCAUGAGGAACUUCCCCAACCACCAGCAGUUGCAAAAAAAUUGCCUGCUCUCCCUCUGCAGCGACCGCAUCCUGCAAGAAGUUCCCUUCAACAGGUUUGAAGCAGCCAAGUUGGUGAUGCAGUGGUUGUGUAACCACGAAGACCAAAACAUGCAGAGGAUGGCAGUGGCCAUCAUCUCAAUUCUGGCAGCUAAGCUGUCCACAGAGCAGACAGCACAGCUGGGUGCAGAGCUGUUCAUUGUUAAGCAACUCCUGCACAUCGUACGUCAGAAGACCGCCCAGGGCAUAGUGGACGCCACGCUGAAAUUCACACUGAGCGCGCUCUGGAACUUGACCGAUGAGUCGCCCACCACGUGUCGCCACUUCAUUGAGAACCAGGGCCUGGAGCUGUUCAUCAAAGUGUUAGAGUCCUUCCCAUCAGAGUCGUCCAUACAACAGAAAGUCCUGGGGCUACUGAACAACAUCGCGGAGGUGGGGGAGCUGCACUCAGAGCUGAUGGUGCAGGGCUUCCUGGAUCACAUCUGCAACCUAUUGCACAGCCCCGAGGUUGAGGUCAGCUACUUUGCAGCAGGAAUCCUGGCCCAUUUGACUUCCAGGGGGGAGGCCGUCUGGACCCUCGGUCUGCCUCUCCGUUCCACACUGCUGGAGGAGCUGCACUCUGCUAUCCUGAAGUGGCCCACACCAGAGUGUGAAAUGGUGGCAUACAGGUCCUUCAACCCUUUCUUCCCACUGCUGGAGUGCUUCCAGACCCCCGGGGUGCAGCUGUGGGCUGCCUGGGCCAUGCAGCACGUGUGCAGCAAGAACGCCUCCAGGUACUGCAGCAUGCUGAUAGAGGAGGGGGGCCUGCAGCAGCUGGAGGCGGUGAUGACGCAGCCCGGCACCCACAGCGACGUCCGGAGACUGGCCGAGAGCAUCCUGGACAGCCUGGAGCGUCACAGGGCCCGCACCGGCCAGCCCCUGCCCCCAUCUGUGCCCCGCUGCCAACGGCACCAGGGCUCGCAGAAAGAGAAAGAUAUUCCAUGACAUGGACCCCUACCCUCUGGCACACUGCUGUCAAAGUUGAAAAAAAACAGUGCUACAAUACUGGAAGUUUGGUGUGUGUCUAUGUAGAGGGGCAGGGGGAAGCGGAGGGCACGCGUUAAAAAUAACGUCUACCCUGCGUUACCCUGGAUCCCCUCUUACUCUUUUCUGCUAUUCCAAAUCCCCACAAGGGGGCGACAAAAAUAGGAAAGACUCAGCAUUUCUUUGCACACACUGAAUGUUAUUUAUUGUUUCCAUUGAAUUAAAAUAUAUAAUUAUUACUUGGUGAUGAUAAGGAAAUACAUUAUGAAGAGUUAGCAAAAAAAAAAUACUGGCUGUAUUGCAGGUACAAAAAUGUUUAUGCUCCUGUGUAAAUGUGUGUGAUUUUUUUUUUUUUUUUU